CGGCAGCAACACUGGUACGGCCAGCCCGGCCGACGCCGGCCCGGCGGCGACGGCCCCUGCUCGCCCGAGACGGACCGCUUCAACAGGAAGCGGCGGCGGUGCACCUACAUGUACUACGUCCUGCGGCAGAUGGCCAUCUUCGUGCCCAUCGUCGUGCUGUUCCUGAACAUCAACAUCUACGUCUCGAGGCGGGGCAAGUACCUCGACGGCUCGACGAGCCCAGCGGACCCCAUCUUCUACACGCUGUGGCUGACCGUCCCUAUUUCCUGUUUGGUAUUAAUAUGGUCCGUCGCCGCCGUGAUUUGCCGCAAGAGGGUGUUGUAUCGCGGGGGCAUACCGAAGCACUUCCACUUCGGCAUGGAGCUGUGCUUCUCGCUGGGGACGACCAUCUGCUGGAUCCUCCUCGUCAUCCAGAUCGAGUCCAAGAAGUCCAACGGCUACUACUCGUAUCCGUAUAUCCAGUAUGAGGCCGCGCUGGCGCUCCUGCUUGGUGUCAUGAUGCUAUCCGAGUUUGGACUCCUCGCGCGCGCCUGGUUCGAGUUCACCAACGACAGGACGCCCCACGAGAAUGAGCCGAUGGUGCAGGUCUAAUCCCAGCGACCGGCGCAUUCGAGGGCGGAGUUGUAGAAAAAAAAAAAACCCCCCACUGAUAGUUUAACGGUCUUAUCGGCACGGCGUUUGUCACGGUUCGGGAUUCGGGGGCCCGCGGUUCUGGCCCUGCGGUCCGGGGUGGGAAGGGACCCUCCUUGUUGAUUUUACAAAGAAAAGGGGGAAAAGACGCAUGUGAUACCCAUCAGCGAAAGAUACCAUUAAUCAAGAAGCAUUUAAUCACACACCGGCACCUCGGCUCCGUGCCGCAUUCUCUGAUACCUAGCUACUGAUGUGUUGGCUAGUUUUCUCGCCUCUUCUCUCUCACUCUCACUCA